CGCCCGUUGCCAUAGGAAAGAGAUUAACGAAAGCUGACGCGCUGGGAGAGAGAAUAACGGGGACGCCCUUGCUGUUACCGAGAAAGACAAGUUUAUACCGCUUUUUUCAAUUCCUUCAAGUAAAAGGCCAUUGAUUGAAAUGACUGAAGACGGGAGGAGAAUGGAAGAGGAGGAACGUGGCCCUGGCGCCGUCUUCCAGGUGUUUGUCCUCAUGGAGGACUUGCUGGAGAAACUGAAACUUCUUGAUUUUGAAGAGGAUUUACUGAGAAGGCACAAUAUGCGGCCAAUAUCUCGGCUAUAUUUUGCAGUACCAACCAACCCUGGGGAACAGUUCUACAUGUUCAGUACUCUUGCUGCAUGGCUUAUAAAUAAAGCUGGACGUGAUUUUGAACAGCCCCAAGAAUACGAUGACCCAAAUGCCAUCAUUUCCAAAAUUCUUGCAGAGCUGCGUUCAUUUGGUGGUACCGCAGAUUUCCCCCCCUCUAAACUAAAGGCAGGCUAUGGAGAACAAGUCUGCUAUGUCCUUGACUUCUUGGCAGAAAGAGCCUUAAAACAUAUAGAUUUUACAUGGAAGAGACCAAGCUACCCGUCAGAGGAACUGGAAGAAGAGGUUGUGGCGGAAGACGACGCAGAGCUAACGUUGAAUAAGAUCGAAGAUGAAAUUGCUGAGGAAGAUUCAGAUAAUGAUGAAGAACAGUUCAUAGAUUUAAAUGUUCUUAAGGCGCAAACUAGCAAAUUGAAUGAAUCUUCUAAGCCAGGAGAGAUUUUGGAAUCCAAUACAGAUGCAGCAGAGUGGUACCUGGAGGUGGAGCGGGUUCUCCCUCAGUUAAAGGUGAUCGUCAGAACAGACAAUAAGGACUGGAGGGCUCAUGUGGAUCAAAUGCAUCAACACAAAGAUGGCAUGGAAACCUCCUUAAGUGAAACAAAGGGAUAUCUGGACAAGCUCCACAGCGAAGUCAGCAAGACCUUGGAGAAGGUGGGCAGUCGUGAGAAGUAUAUCAACAGCCAGCUAGAUCCCAUGAUCCAGGAGUAUCGGGCUGCACAAGCCCAAAUGAGCGAGUUAAAAGAGCAACACCAACAAGUAACUGAAAAGGUGACAGAAAAGACACGAAUCCUGUCAGAGCUAAAUGAAGAGUUAGAGAAGGUAAAGCAGGAAAUUGAAGAAAAGGGAAGCAGCAUUUCAGAUGGUGCCCCCCUUGUGAAGAUGAAGCAAGCCUUAACAAAGCUGAAGCAGGAGAACGUACAAAUGGACAUUAGGAUCGGGGUUGUGGAACACGCGCUGCUGCAGUCAAAGCUGAAAGAAAAGUCAAACAUGACGCGAGACAUGCACGCUGCAGUUAUUCCAGAAUCUUCCAUUGGAGAUUAUUAAUUAUCAGGCUUUAUUAUACUAUAAAUAAACAUAAUGAAAAAUAAAAAUCUAGUAAAUUAACAGCACCCAUUACCUCUAGGAAAAUAGCGCUGGACCACAGAAUAAAAAAAACAUAUCCUCUUUAUUUUUAUAGAUGAACCAAUGCAAAGAGACUGGGUGAGGAAAAAAAAAUGGGUAAUCACAUACGUGUCGGUGAAAAGAAAUAGUUUGCAUAUAAACAUACAACGCAAAACAGUCGAAUGUCCCAAAAAGUAUAGGGAAAUAGACGAGGGAAUAAAAGUGCAAGCGCAGAGAAAAUCUACCAGAGCUCACCCGCAACACUCGCCCACCGUUCUACAGUUUAUAAACCUAUAAAUCUAGAUGUAAAAUCCUUCAUUAUGCAGUACAGGGUUCCUGUACUUCUGUGGAAGAAUUAUUAUGGCUCAAUAAAAAACUAAAAUGCCAAGGUCUAAGUGUCUACGUGUCUUCACAGAACAGCGCCAGCAAAGCAAUGACCCAGCAUCAGAAGACCUUCCCACUUCAUGGCACUGGCUCUGCCCUACUGUACUCGGUUUUGGGGAGAGGUAGUUUAUUUCCCCCCGUGGAUACGCUACCUCCUCAAUGUAGCUAG